ACAUGUCCAUAAUCUGAUAUACACCAAGACAUGUCCGCAAUCCGAUAUACACCAAGACAUGUCUGCAAUCCGAUAUACACCAAGACAUGUCCGCAAUCCGAUAUACACCAAGACAUGUCCGCAAUCCGAUAUACACCAAGACAUGUCCCCAAUCCGAUAUACACCAAGACAUGUCCACAAUCUGAUAUACACCAAGACAUAUCCACAAUCCGAUAUACACCAAGACAUGUCCACAAUCCGAUAUACACCAAGACAUGUCCGCAAUCCGAUAUACACCAAGACAUGUCCACAAUCUGAUAUACACCAAAACAUGUCCAUAAUCUGA